UUCUGUGUUGAGGAGUUGCUAUGGCUGGUGCUACUGCAUUGGAGGCAGGCCAAGGUUCCCUACACAUUGGGGACACUGUUCUGUUCCUACUAAAGACUAAGGACUACUCUGGAUAUGUGUACUCUGAACUGUCAAGCACUCCUUACAAAUUUCUAACUGUUUACAAUCUAGAGGAUCAGCCUGAAAAUGAUCCUGCCUUUCCUAAUGUUGCUUUUGCUGCCUUUAAGAUAUUGGCACCAAACAAGUACAAGGCAAAGCAAUACCUGAGAGAAGUCCAACAGAUGACUAACAUUGAAGAAUAUGAGCUACUUAAUGCAAUUCGUGCUGCUCAAACAGAAGAGACUGAGAAUAGGCUAGAGCAACAGAGAAGGUUUGGUAACAAAGUUGUGUAUGGCGAUUUGAUUCAACUUCAGCACGUUGCUUCAAAGAUGUUUGUCAGAGUUUGUUCAGAAGCUUCAAAGACAGAAAGCAACAAUUUACUAGUCAGUCUAUCUGCUGAAAACUUUGAGGAGUGCAUUUUUAAGAUACUCCCACGCUACAAAGUUCGAUCAGAAGGAGAUGAGGUUAGAUUCAAUGAUCAGUUAAAGAUUGAAAGUGUCAAGAAUCUUGGACAGUUCCUCCAUUGUAGUGGACCAAGGCACACACUUGGUGCUGAUGACAAGUUCAAUGUCCUAGUAAACUGUUUUGAGCUAAAUCUAUCAGCUACAGAGUCAGCAUUGACUCUGAUACCACAUUACUGUCCUUCUGUUAAUAAACAUCCUGAUAAAGCAUUAAGAGCUGGUACUUGUGUGAGGUUGUUUCAUAAAGAGGAUGAGUGUUAUAUUGUUGCUGAAGGAUCUUUUGCUGGAAAAGACAAUGCUGUAGUUGAAGAUGUUCAUUGUCGAUUGAGAAAAGUUGACUCAAGGAAACAUGCUGCACCGUCAACAUCUUCCAACACUUACUGGCAGAUUGAGAAACAGGAAGACCCUAGAAGUGGUGAUGUCAUUGCUUGGAGAGAUAGAUGUAGACUCAAGCAUCUACCCACAAGAUGUUAUUUGGCUGUGAUAAAGGUUAACAGUCACUGGAAGGUAACUCUCAAAGACAGCACCAGUGAAGAUGAUUUGGAUACUAUCUUUAGUUUCUCUCCUCUUAUAGAGGAAGUUGAUGAAGUCUUGUUAGAGUCCUAUGCUCUCAUUAAGCAUCGUCUCAGUGGGCAGUGGCUUCACCUAGAAAAGAAAAGCCAUUAUCAGAGAACAGGGUUUGAUCCUACUGCUGUUGGUCUAGCUGGUCUACAAUGGGACUCAGCUGAACUAUUUGUGCUCACUACUAGUAAAGAUAAGGGGGAUUAUGACUCAUUCACAUUACAAGAGGUCACUGAAGAUUUAGUUGACAGGUUUAAUUAUGUUGCUGGUAUAGUUCCUGUCCUUACAGGAUACAUUAAACAGCUUCAUAAUAAAGGAGAGCUCAAGCAAAAGCAGGCAGUACGUGUGAGAGAUACACUUAGAGAUUUAAAGAAAUGGCUUGUUGCUGAUAAAGAGAGGAAUACCAAAAAUAAUCAAAAACUGCUAAGAAACUUGAGGGUUAUUGAGCAACUUGCUGAGAUUCUUAGUUUUGCUGAGGCUGAAGAAUAUAAAGAAUCAAAUCAUCAUGUUAACAUUUGUCGUGAGUGUUACAAUGUCAUAAGGAAAUUUCUUGAAGGAGAUAGCCGCAAGAAUGAAAACUAUCUUGCACAUUUCAUUGAAUUCUUUCAGACUCAUGUAAGGAAAGGCCUCAACGCAGAAGAAGUACUAGUUGAGAUUGUUCAAGACAAUAUUACCAUUGUGUCAAGGAUGGCAGACACACAGUUAGGACACAUGAUUGAACAGUUUGUAAAGACAGAGGAUCCAAGGUUUCUUGAUUUCUUAGGUUCACUUUGUGUGUGUAGCGAUAGACCUAUUCCAUCAACACAGAGUCGUUUGUUACAUGAACUGAUAGAGAGGCAUGGAAAUGAAAAGCUCCUAAGAACUAAACUAGACAAGGCUAAUGGGCAGAUUUAUUUUUACCAUCCUUCUGCACCUACGAAGCUUACUUCGCUCAAACAGCUUGGAACUAAUGAGAAUAGAAGAAACAGGGCCAGCAUUUAUGUACAGAAAGAUUUUAAAAACCAUUACUAUCUCCUUAAAUCACAACUAUACCUUCUGACAAGGUUAUGCCAAGGAAACAACAAAGAAGCUAUAAAUGCAUUGGUUUAUACUGAAGAGAAUCCUAACGGAUAUAUUAGCUUUGACGAAGCUCUCACUUGCGUUAAGGAUUGUGAUAUUGACACUGAUAUUAGAUCUCAUUACAUUGAACUGAUAUUGGUCAUGUUUGUUGAUUUUGGAGAGAACAGAUCAUUCCUGGAUAACCUGUGCUAUUCAUUUAUAUAUGAGGAACUUGUCCCAGUUCCUUAUUCAGAGUCUGGUGAUAGUCAAGUGAAAGCAUUAACUGGAGCAGAGAACAAACACUUUCCUGACAUUAAGGACUGGAUACUCACCACCAUAUCUGAUAACACUAGACUCCGUUGUGAGUCUGCAGAGAAUCCACUGCUAGAACUGGUACUAGAUGUAUUGGGACAUUUGGUUCGUUAUGGCUACUAUGAUGAUAUUGACGAUGUCGAUCAACUCUUGGGGCCACUCACUCAAAUGUUAGAUGGAAGAACAGAUAUACCAUCAGCUAGAAAAGUGUCUGAAGUACAAUUUAAGUCAUCAACUCGUAAGAAAGAUAAUCCUGAGAAUAGAGAUGUCUUUAGUGUUAAAAUCAAAGCAUUGGAAGUAAUGGAGCUGUUAUAUCGAUUCAAGUUUUAUGUUAAACUUCAAAAAUUCAUGCAUGAUUUUAAGAUGAUACAAAGCUCCUUAAAAAGGACCAGGAUAGGAGGUGUACUCAGUACUGAUCCACGCGACAUUCUUGCAAAGCUAGUGAAAAUAGAAGCAGAUGAGGAGAGUGGUCCUAAUGAGAAGUGCUACUCGCCUGAUAUAAUGAAUGUUGUUCAAGAACGUAUCAAGUUUUUGUGUGAUGGUAAUGUUAAAGGAGGAGGAUUUGCCCCUCCUUCCAGUGGUAGUGAUGACGAUUCAUUAGAAACGGUACUGUUGGAUCUAUCAGGAUAUGACUGCGAUGAGCUUGUAACCUCAUCGCUCGAUCUUUUGACUCAAAUGUAUUUCUUUGAAGAGGAACUAUUUAGCAAAGCACAGCAGAGCCAAUUGUUGACAUCAACAGAAUCACUGAAGGACUUUUUGACAGUUAAAGAUGACAUACUACCUAAACUGAGACAGCUACUACGCGUUGAUACUAACAGAUCAAACCAAGAGAAGAUCGUGUCACUUCUCAGACAGUUACAGUCAUUAUGUAUCCUCCCAAAUUCAGUUCUGCCAAACAAACAGAACCAGAUCAUGUUAGAUAACUUUGGUAUUGUAUCUGAUGUUAUGAGUUUCCUCCUUGAGAAAGGUGACAGUGGUAUUAUAGUAUUAGAUCAAGAUAUUGAACCAGCCACACCAGGAGGAACUCUUAUUUCAGUUGGUGAAGAAGUAUUUCAUAGUUGUUUCACUCUUUUGCAGCAUCUCUGUAUUGACAAUUUGAGUGUAAAGAAGAGGAUAUUUAAUAGACUUGAUGACUUGCUUGAAAUGAAAAUACCGGUUACAACAUUAUCGAGUUUGGCCGAUCUAAUCACUGAGGUUUUUACUGGUGGUCCAGAAUUAAUCCUGAAAGUGACUGAGUAUCAUGUUGAUAGGAUAUUUGAUAUUAUCAUUACUUGCGAUGAACCUACUGCCCAGGCUCAGUUCAUGGUUACACUAGAAGCUAUAGUUAAAAUAGAAGAGGUCGAUUUACCAGUUGGGCGAAACCAAGCAAUCAUCAUUAAGAAUUUUUGUCGAUUCCGCGACACGUUUUGUCCUGAUCUUUUAGGAAUCAGCAAAUCCAUGGAACAGUCUCGAAUGGAAAUAUUGAAUUCUAGUGCAGAGUCACCAGAUCCUAAACUGCAGCUGUUGCUCAAUGUGACUGACAUGCUAGCAGCUUGUGCUGAAGGAGAGAACCUCUUUGUUGAGUCUGUGUGUCAGAAUAUCUAUAGAGUUGAAGAGCUAGUCAAGAUUGUUAGCAGUCAUCUUGCUCACAUUCGUAAAAGGCCUUUUCUUCGUUACCUUAUAUGGGCUUACAUGAACACUGAAUCAGAUCAGGUCAAUUCAGAAGGACUUGAGUUGAGUCAUGGAGAGAUAAUGUGGAUUUAUCUGGAGCAUAUUGCUGACCUUCUUGACAAUGUGUCUAAAGUCCUCAGUGCUGCUUCAUCUGGUGAGAUUGAAAGCUUAAAGCAUGAGCUCCAGACAGCAAGACGUAGGAACUCAAUGUCUUCCUACUCUUCCACGCCAUCAGGAAUACAGUUAUUAAAACUAGGCUCUGUUAGAGUACCUGAUGUCACUGAUACUCAAGGUCAUCUUGUGCCUGGUCUGCUGGAGUAUCUAGCUGAUGGUGUUAUCCCAUUGCUGCACACUUUCUAUUCUCAUUUCUUUGAUCCUUCAACAACUUCCAAAGAAGAGCAGAGAGAAAACGAAUACAACAUUUCAGCAAAAAUUGCAAAAUGUCUAAUGUAUUUGAGUAAAGACCUGAUAGAAGUUUUCUGCAGUAACAAGAACUUGUACAUGUAUCAGGAAACCAUUACUGUAUUGAUGGGUCACAUUGAGAUAAGAGAGAGAGCUGAUGUCACUGAUGAACAAACAAAGUCUACAAGAGAAGCUAUUGAAGGAGCAGCACCAAAGACCAAAUCAAGCAGUCUUAAAAGACUUGGAAAGAUUGUCUCACAGACUGAUGAGGAAGUUUUGGAAGGAUAUAUGGAGCAAGAGAAACUUAAUGAGUUGUUUAACAGUUAUUCACGAAACUACCAUUGCUCCUACAUGGGACCUAACACAGCUAUUCAUCAGAUAGAAUCAACCAUACAAAAAAUUGAGUAUAGUGAUGAAGGUGAGGAGCUGCCCCUUGGCCCUUCUUUUCAAAGACUUGUAAAGCUUUAUCGAAUCAAUCCUUCUCAAACUUCAGACAAGCAGCAGCAUCCAGCCGAAAGACUAUUAAGACAAUUAGAGAUUUCAGUUAGCCGUACUGAUCAAUUAGGUGAAGCUGAGCAAAUCGAUCAGGACAAUUUGGAUUUACGUUGUCUACAAAUACUUAGAGCAUUAAUUCAUAACAGAAUCAAGUUUAUUGAUCCUGAGUUAAAGGACAGGGAUCCUUGUGAAUUUAGAGAGAAAUGUGAUCAGCACGUUGUUCCAGUUCAGAACUUUAUCCAAUCAUUCAAAAAUGCCAUAAGUCGUGUGGUUCCCUUACUAUCUCAUCCUAAUGAGAGCAUAUCUAGGGAAGCACUGGCACUGAUGAAGGCUCUUCUGUUCUCUGGUAAUGAAGAGGUACAGGAAGGACUGGCUGCUGAUAUGAAAGACUCAAGGGAAGAGAAACUGUUCUCUAAUUUGAAGGAAAGACUUGAAAUUGCUAGCCUCAAUUAUAGAGAAACUGUGGACUUGGAAGCUCAGUUAAGACGAAGACAGCAAUUUAAGAAGAAGUCAAUGCCUGGCCCUGUCUCUACUAAAUCUGCUGAGAAACUUGGUGGAGUUGAGACUAGUGUGACAUUUACUGUUGGUAAAGAAGUGAUGAUACCAAUGGAAGAAAUAGUAGAUGGAACCAGUGAAGAUGAAUCUCCUCUAAUAACAGUCAAAUCUCCAGGCAGAAAAUUGACUAAAGCAAUCUCUACUUCCUCAGAAUGCGGCAUUGGACCAGCAAAAGAGAUUGGUUUCAAUUUGUUAUCCAACAUAAUAAAACGGGAUGCACUGUGGACUAAUCUAGUACUAGAAGUUAUUGGUCUCAUGUGUGAUGGACAGAAUAGGACACUACAGGAUUACUUAAGAGAACAGCCUGAUAAUUUCAAAACUACUAAUGUAGUCGCUGAAGUUGUUGCUUUCCUUCACACAUUUACUGCUGACAUGUCCCGCAAUAAUUUUGAGCAGAUUGGUGCUAUACUCCAGUCAUUGGUUGAGAUGUGUGUCGGUAAUAUCAAAAACCAACAGAUUGCAUUUGAUAAGCUUGUACUGGACCCUCUCAACAGAAUACUCCAACUUCAGUUUAGGGGAUAUGACGUCAGUAAUGAUGAUGAAAAGAGUGAACGUCUAUUGCAUCUUGUUCAAGUUAAAGGGAGUGCUGUUGAGUUGCUUGAUGUCAUGCUGGAAGAAAUCAGCCCACAGACUGUUAGUGUUGCAAAGGGUAUUGGAUCAUCACUUGAUAUUGAAUCCUUGUUGUCUACUAUGGACAUGUUCUAUCAGUUGAAAUCCCAUCCGCUGGUCAGGAGGGAGCAGAUGGAUGAUGAUUGCGAGAGAGGACUCUAUAAAACCUACCAAGUCCUUGUUACUCUAAUAGACUAUAAAGCCAUUGAUAUAAAGAACAAGAAGCAGCUAAAAGAGAAAGCAGAGAAGAAAUGCAAGGAUGCUUUUAACAGUUGUCUAGAGUCCUCUCAUUCAAUUGAAAUCCACUAUGAAGAGGAGGGAGCUAAGCCAAUACUGGCUAGGAUACACUUUCCGUAUAAAGCUGAACUGAGAGAUGAAGUGACCGAAUUGGUCCGUUGGAACAUUAACAGAGACUCAAUGGAGGACAAGCAAAGAGCUUUAGUUGAUUUGAUGCCAGCACUGAAGAGAGAUGUACUCCAUCAAACAAAAUUAAAAGAUACAAAGAUUAUGAAGCCUUUCCUUGCUUUUCAUGCACUCAGGACUCGUUUACUGAUACUACUGACCAUCAUAUUGAACCUUUUUAUACUCUUUUUGUAUGCAGUGCCUGAUAGAGCUAAAGGGAAUAACAGGCCAUUCUUGCCUGAUUUCCCACUGUGGUUCACCAUUGUGUUCUACGUCCUUGGGGCAGGGCAUUUAUUGCUAGCACUUUGGAUUGUUGUGGAGUAUUUCAUCAUUAAUUGGCCUCACUUUAAGCUCCCUACAUUUGCCUAUAAUGCAAGGGCUAAGAUUGGUAAAGCUAUUCGUAAGGAUGCAGAUACAUAUACUGUCCCACGUAUGACUUGCAUUGACGUUGGUAUAUUUAGCAUAUCGACACUGUACAUGUUGCUGUUCCUCGUUUGCUCUAUUCUCUCUCUCGCCUUUAAAGGAUAUUUCUAUUGCUUUUGUCUCCUCUUCAUUAUUGUUCAUAAUGAUAUAUUGAAGAGGGUCCUUCGAGCUGUGACAAAGAAUGGUAUGUCACUCAUCUGGGUUGCUGUUCUUGGAGUCAUCGUCCUGUUCAUAUAUGCUGUCAUUUCUUUCGCGUUUCUUCAAAAUAAUUACGUUAGGACGGACGAUGCUGCACUCUACUGUGCCAACCUUGGUCAAUGCAUGUACUCUGUUCUAAGAUAUGGCUUAACUGAUAAUCUUGGACUGUUGAUUCCAUUUCAAAAUGAUGGAGAGGCUCCCGAGAAUUUUGAUACAAGAACUUUCACAGCUCGCUUGAUUUUUGAUCUCUCUUUCUUUAUCAUUGUAACGACCAUUGGACUCAACAUAGUCUUUGGUAUAAUUGUCGACACUUUCUCUGAGCUAAGGGAAGAAAGAAAUAAUAUUGAGACAGAGCAGAAGAGCAAGUGUUUUAUAUGUGAUCUUCCUAGCUAUGAUUUUGAGAGAAGAGCUAAAGGUUUUUCUGAUCAUGUAAAGCACGAUCAUAACAUGUGGAAGUAUGUCUAUUACUCGUUGUAUCUUGAUAGCAUUGAUACUGGUGAUCACAAUGCCAUUCAGAAAUAUGUCUAUGAACUGAUUGGCAAUAAUGAUACUGCAUUCUUUCCUCAAGAAGAAGCUCGUUGCCUGAUUGGUGAAGAAGAUACUACAGGAGAGAAGAUUGAUGAGUUGGAGCAGAAAGUAGAGAAGAUACUCCGCCACUUUAGGGAGAAGGAGCACAAGAAGAGUCUUAAUGUUAAGAGGCAGGAGCAGACUAGGUGGGAGCAGGAGGUUCUUCAUAAAACUCGAGACACUCGCCACAUUAGCUUUCUCUCACCUUCUCCAUCUAUUUCUUUUGAUAAACAAUAACAAGCUAAAAGUAGUGAACUGUCAGUAGUUAGCAAAUUUUAUGUAAACAAAAUUAUAUUUUCAAUAGGCAGAUUUUUUACCAAUGUUUUUAUUUUAUGAUACAUCCAGCAGAUUUGCUCACCUUAUUAAUAA